AUGUAUCUACAACAACUCUUAGAAGACGUACCAAAGAAGGGCGCCAUCCUAAUAAUUGGUGAUUGGAACGCAAAAGUUGGUGAUACAGAAGUGUCUGAAAUAGUAGAUAAGUACGGUUUAGGAAAAUGCAACGAAACAGGAGAAAAACUGAUUGAAUUCUACCAGGUAAAUUUAUUGAUUAUCACGAACAUCUGUUUCCAACAACCCAAACGAAGACUGUACACCUGGACAUCACCAAGCGGGCAACAUCGAAAUCAAAUUGACUAUAUACUAUGCAAUAGAAGAUGGAAAAGUUCGAUAACAUCAGUAAAAACACGACCAGAUGCUGAUUGUGGUACUGGCCAUGAACUUAUACUAGCUAAAUUGAAAAUCAAGCUAAAACGACCCAAGAAAGUAUCAAAAGCAGUAAAACGCGAUCUACAAAACACACCUCACUCAUACAACGUGGAAGUAAAAAGUAGAUUUGCUGGACGCGAACUGUCGAAUAAAGAACCUGAAAAAUUAUGGCAAGAAAUAGACAAAAUAAUUCAUGAAGAAGUUGGGAGAAAUAUACCUGCAAUCACAACAACGAAGAAAAGAACCUGGAUAUCGAAGAACACGUUAAAAAUCGCAAGAGAAAAACGCGAAGCAAAAAUCAAUGGAAACAAACAACUUUUCUCAAAACUCAAUGCAGAUUUCCAACGAGAGACACAAUAUUUAGAAGACGGUGAAUAUGAAUUGGAACCCGACAUUCCUGAAAGUGAAGUACGAUGGGCUAUGCAAGCACUGAUAAAUGGUAAAGCACCUGGGCAAGACGAAAUUCCAAUCGAAUUAUUUAAGGUACUAAAAGAAGGCUCGAUCAAAGUCUUAACAACAUUAUGUCGGCAAAUAUGGAAGACGAAACAAUGGCCGUCAGAUUGGAAAAAAUCUAUUUUCAUCAUGAUACCGAAGAAUAGAAACGUCAAAGAUUGCUCCAACUAUCGCACAGCCGCUCUAAUUUCUCACACCUGCAAAAUAAUGUUGAAGGUUGUACAACGACGACUUCAAUCUUUUCUCGAACGAGAACUGCCAGAUACACAAGCUGGUUUCCGCAAAAGAAGAGGAACACGUGAUCAAAUCGCCAAUCUACGAUGGACCAUAGCAAAGCAUUCAACUGUGGAUCAUGGGAAACUAUGUAGCGUACUCACAAAAAUGGGGAUACAACCCACGCAUCCAUUAUCAAAGUCAUCAAUAUCAUCAUCAACUAAUACUAGUUAUUUGCCAUCCAGCGAAGAGACCCCAACACAACAAUUACAAUCCCAACCAGAAGUACUACUAUUUGCAUUGCAGCAAUGA